AAAAAACUGUGAGAAAUGACUUUUUUUUUUUGAGAAAUGACUUAAUGCAAACACAAAUAGAAUCCGAUAAAUUUGGACUCAAUUUCACACAAACUCUCUCUCACCCAAAAAUAGUUGCCUGGCUUUUGAAUCUCACAGAGUCUGCAAUCAUCAACGACCCAAAAUUGGUUGAUCUGGUUGAUUGAGAAGGGUGGUGUUUUUCAGAAAUUGGCAUCAGUUGUUUGUAUACAAUUUUGUUUUUGGAAUUCAGCAUUGGUUGGAAUUCUAAUUCUUAUAGAUUGUUCAGAAUUUUUUGUUUCUGUUAUUGGAUUGUUGAUCCGUUAUUGGGUGUCAUACUUGGGGUUAACAAUCUGAAUUUUGCAUUUCACGUAUGUGUAUGGUGGAUUUGUAUGAGUUUGCAUUAAUGUGAAAUGUGAGUCUGGUGGUGGGAAGAGAUCUGCGUGUGUAUAUUUGGGAAGUGUGAAGGGUGGAUUUUUCAAAUUUCAAUGUUUGUAGGGAUUGUUCUGAUUCAUGGUAAUAUAGAUAGAAGCUUGUCUGUUAUGAUAGGUUAUGGUUUUCACUGUUCUUGGAGAUAUAGGUUAAAGGAGUUGCUUGUUUAGUGGGAUUUUCUUAAUUUGAUUGUUAAAGGGGGUUGCACGAUUUGGACAUGAGAAGCUCUUGGUUCAGUAAACUAUCUGUUAUUUUCGGCUCUAGACCGCCGCUCAGCUGGUUACUCUUGUGCCUUAUUAGCUUGGUUGCACUAAUUACGGUUUUAGGAUCGUCUUCUUCUAAUGCAUUUGACUCUGUAACUCCCACUCCGGUACCAAACAUUUAUUUGAACUAUAGAAGGCUAAAGGAGCAGGCAGCAGUAGAUUAUUUGGAGCUGAAGUCUCUCUCACUUGGAGCUAGUCACCAAAGAGAACUUGGCCUUUGUGGCAAAGAAAGAGAAAAUUAUGUUCCUUGUUUCAAUAUUUCAGAAAAUUUGUUAGCUGGCUUUAAAGAUGGGGAGGAGUUUGAUCGUCAUUGUGAAGUUUCAAGAGAUCGAGAGCGGUGUUUAGUUCGCCCUCCUAAGGACUAUAAGAUUCCCUUGAGGUGGCCUACUGGUAGGGACGUGAUAUGGAGUGGAAAUGUGAAGAUAACCAAAGACCAAUUUCUUUCGUCUGGAAGCAUGACCAAAAGGUUGAUGUUACUAGAAGAGAAUCAAAUUACUUUUCACUCUGAGGAUGGAUUGACCUUUGAUGGUGUUAAUGACUAUUCUCGCCAGAUUGCGGAGAUGAUAGGGUUAGGAAGUGAGACUGAAUUUCUUCAAGCUGGGGUGCGUACUGUACUAGAUAUUGGCUGUGGAUUUGGUGGCUUUGGAGCUCAUUUACUCUCACUGAAGGUAAUGGCUGUUUGUAUUGCUGCUUAUGAGGCAACUGGCAGCCAAGUCCAAUUUGCCCUUGAGAGAGGUCUUCCGGCAAUGAUUGGAAACUUCAUUUUGAGACAGCUUCCAUAUCCGUCAUUAUCAUUUGACAUGGUUCAUUGUGCUCAGUGUGGUAUUGUUUGGGAUGAAAAAGAUGGAAUGUUCCUUAUUGAAGCUGACCGGGUACUUAAGCCUGGAGGUUACUUUGUAUUAACAUCACCCACAGACAAGCUACAUGAAAGUUCAGUUAGUAUGAAGAAUAGAAACAUGUUAACACCAUUGGAAGAAUUGACCCAGAAAAUCUGUUGGAGUCUUCUAGCUCAACAAGAUGAAACUUUCAUCUGGCAGAAAACUGGGGAUACUGAUUGUUAUGCAUCUCGCAAGCAGGGUGGUGUACCACUUUGUCAAGAAGGGCACGAUGAUCAAUCAUAUUAUCAGCCCCUUUUAUCGUGUAUAAGUGGGACCAAUAGCAAACGCUGGAUUCCAAUCCAGAACAGAUCCUCUAAUUCUCAUAUGAGCUCAACUGAGCUUGAAGUUCAUGGCGUUUUGCCUGAAGAUUUUUUUGAGGAUUUACAGGUUUGGAAAUCAGCUCUGAAAAAUUAUUGGUCUCUGCUUACACCCCUAAUUUUCUCGGACCAUCCAAAGAGGCCAGGUGAUGAGGACCCGUUACCCCCAUUUAACAUGGUACGCAAUGUGAUGGACAUGAAUGCUCAUUAUGGGGGUCUUAAUGCUGCAUUUUUGGAAGAGAAAAAAUCAGUAUGGGUGAUGAAUGUAGUGCCCAUCAGAGGUCCUAAUACACUUCCUCUUAUACUUAAUCAAGGUUUUGCUGGUGUUUUGCACGACUGGUGUGAACCUUUCCCCACAUACCCUAGAACAUAUGAUAUGCUUCAUGCAAAUGGGCUUCUUUCGCAUCUUACUUCAGAGAGGUGCAGCUUGAUGGACUUAUUCUUAGAGAUGGACCGGAUGUUGCGCCCUGAGGGAUGGGUUGUUCUUUCUGAUAAAGUGGGAGCUAUAGAGAUGGGACGAACACUUGCUGCACAAAUACGAUGGGAAGCAAGGGUGAUUGACCUUCAAAAUGGUAGUGACCAGCGGUUACUUGUUUGCCAGAAACCAUUCGUAAAGAAAUGAUAGAUUGAGCAUCUGGAGGUCUCACCUUUGCGACAGAAUACAAUUUCUUCCUCUGGUUCUGGAUCGUUUUGAUAGUGAUUCCAUGUAAUAUACGGUCAGAGCCUGAUUGAUGAUUUGGCAAUGUCCACCACUAAACGAGAGGGAAUGUGAAGGCUGUAGAUAAAAGAGGUUUGCCACAAAAGUAGCUGCAAAUCUGUUUUAUUUUUAUUUUUUGGGGGUUCAGGGUUAUAUGUAGCAAUUCAUUCAUCAUUUUUUUUUUAUGGCAUUUUAAUUUGGUUUUUUUUAA